AUGCAACACACGCUGGAAGAUCCACCAGAAGCCAAUUUGAAUGUGGUGCAACUUCAGAAUGCUAAGAGUCAACAUGUGUAUCAUCUGGAGGGAGGCUGUCGAGACCCGCCACAAAACAAACGAACGAAGCAAAACGAAGCACAACAUCUUCGUGCCACCUCUCAAAGACUGAUCCAGACAAAGCAGCCUCAAUCGACUCAGAUAUUCGGUAUACGUGGACCGUCUGUCGUUUUGAGAAAAAGUCAUGCUUCUGGUCAAAAAGUUAUUACUGAGAAGGGUCUACAAGUGGAUUGUGGUAACGGAUGCUCGCGGAUCACGGGAAGGAUUAGGCCUUCGUUGACUCCAGGACUUGGGACGAGAAGAGUAGUUCGUUCAAGGACGAAUGGUAAGGAUUCCCCAGGAAGUAUAGUUGUUAUAGGAGAACAUACUAUGUACUACAAUGGUAGAACAGAUUAG